AUGAUCUAAAAGAUGGCCUUGGAAAAUAAUUCUUCUGUGAAGGAGUUCAUCCUGCUGGGCUUGACACAGCAGCCAGAGCUCCAGCUGCCUCUCUUCUUCCUCUUCUUGGGAAUCUAUGUGGUCUCCAUGGUGGGGAACAUGGGCUUGAUUGUUCUGAUAGUUCUGAACCCUCACCUGCAUACCCCCAUGUACUACUUUCUCUUCAACCUAUCCUUUAUUGAUUUUUGCUACUCCUCUGUCAUAACUCCCAAAAUGCUGGUGAGUUUUGUGAAACAGAACAUCAUCUCUCAUGCUGAGUGCAUGACUCAGCUCUUUUUCUUUGCCUUCUUUGUGAUUGAUGAAUGCUGUAUUUUGACAGCAAUGGCCUAUGACAGAUAUGUGGCCAUAUGCAAGCCCCUACUUUAUAAAGUCACUAUGUCCUAUCAGGUCUGCUUCAUGAUGACAGUGAGUGUGUACACCAUGGGGUUUGUGGGUGCCAUGGCCCACACAGUGUGCAUGCUGAAACUCACCUUCUGUGAUGGCAAUAUCAUCAAUCACUACAUGUGUGACAUACCCCCACUCCUGAAGCUUUCCUGCACAAGCACCUCUAUCAACGAGCUGGUGGUUUUCAUUGUUGUAGGUGUCAAUGUGAUAGGACCUGCUUUGAUCAUCUUCACUUCUUACACUUUGAUCAUUUCCAACAUUUCCCAUAUCCGUUCCACAGAGGGCAGGUCCAAGGCUUUUAGUACCUGUGGCUCUCACAUAAUAGCUGUUUCUAUAUUCUUUGGAGCCUCUGCAUUCAUGUAUCUUAAACCUUCUCCCAUUGGUUCUGUGGGUGAAGAUAAAGUAUCCACUGUUUUCUACACCAUUGUGGGCCCAAUGCUGAACCCUUUCAUCUACAGCUUGAGGAACAAGGAUGUCCACAUUGCACUGAGUAAGACUUUGAAGAAAAGCAUGCUUAUAUAG